UCUCCCUUUAUAACUCGGUGGUGUGGAUCCUCUGGCCCCUGUGUCCUGCUUUGCUACGUUUUUUCCAUUCCAUUUCAGUGUUCAGGGACGUUGUAUUUGAUCCCCCUGCACUGAAGACGCUCACCAGGUGACCGUGUGUAACGAUGUCAUUUCCAGACGGUGGUGGUAGAAAGAGAGGGUACUCCUUGCGAACGCAGCUCUUCUUCAAGAACUCGGCGAAGGGUACGACGACGUCGUCGUCUACGCCCGACGACCUGGAGAUGGGCGUUUCCGACUAUACUGGAGGCUCUGAUGCGAACUCAUCAGCAGAUCAACGCAUAGAGCUGAGGAAUAUGGAUGUCAGUGCCAGAUCCACAGUGAAUCUGCUGGAAGGGAAAAGAGAUGACGAUAAGAUCCGGUACUCAGCGGAAUUGGACCAGAUGGAUACUACGCUCGGGACUGAAGAUGGUGAUCUCUCAGCUUUGGCGGACAACGUUGGCGUACGACACGUGAAUCCCUCGUCCAAGGUUUAUGCUGGUAAAAGAGGCAGCAUUCAGCAGAGAUUGACUGAUCUGAAGAAUACCGUUCUCAACAUCAGACCGUAUAGGGAAUCAGCCAAUGGACGGAAGAUCCCUAUUGCACCGACUGGUGACUUUGAUCGCUCACAGUUCCCUUGCAAUCGCCAUAAGAAACAUGGCGAUGAAUUGUUGGAGGAUGAACGCUACAAUGAACCAUACAUCUCAAACGUCAUCUCAUCAGCAAGAUAUUCAUUGUACAGUUUUGUUCCAAAGCAACUCUACGCCCAGUUCUCAAAGAUUGCAAACCUGUACUUUUUGACUGUUUCUAUAUUACAGAUGAUCCCUUCUUGGUCAACAACUGGUACCUAUACGACCAUUAUCCCCUUGUGUAUCUUUGUUACAAUCUCGAUGUUGAGAGAAGGUUAUGACGAUUGGAGAAGACAUCUACAGGACAACAAGGAGAAUAACAACUCUACGGAGAUGAUUGUGUUCACCGAGUCCUAUAACAGAGAUCUCAACCUGUCUUCUACAAGUUCGAAUGACCAUGAACAUGGCACUAGUAUACUAGAGACUGUUGGUGACGAUAUGUUAUCACAGCCAAAUACUUUCACCAAGAGGGAUUACAUGCGUUCGGUUGGGUUAGCUGCAACAAGUGCUAAGUGGAAAGAUAUCAAAGUGGGUGAUUUGAUUCAGCUACACCAGGAUGAAGCAGUACCUGCGGAUAUCAUCUUGUUAACAUCGGAUGGCCAAAAUGAAAACGAAGUCUACAUUGAAACCAUGGAUUUGGAUGGUGAAACGAAUCUAAAGGCCAGAGUGCCUCACAGAAAGAUAUGCGAACGGAUGAAUAGUGCCUUAGGUUUCAAAGAUUUCGAAGGCUCGGUUACCGUUGAGGAUCCAAAUAACGAUUUGUACAACUUUGAAGGUGUUUUGAGCCUUGACGGCGCAGAGUAUGCAUUAGGACCAGAGAAUGUCAUCUACAGAGGAUCAAUCAUAAGAAAUACCAAGACCGUUGUUGGACUAGUCAUCUUCACAGGUGAAGAGACAAAGAUUAGAAUGAAUGCAAUCAAGAACCCAAGAACGAAAGCUCCAAAGCUACAGAGAUCAAUCAACUUGAUUGUGGUCUUUAUGGUGUUUGUCGUGUUAUGCCUUUCGCUGUUUUCAUUCAUGGCACAGAGAAUCUACAGGAAUCGUUAUUGGGAUAGGGCAUGGUACUUGUUGAAUUCAGAGGCUGGUGUUGCUCCAACUAUUAUGGGAUUCAUCAUCAUGUACAACACCUUGAUUCCACUUUCUCUCUACGUGACAAUGGAAAUUAUCAAAGUUGUACAGAUGCUUUUCCUUCAGUGGGAUAUUGAUAUGUACCAUAAACCUUCAAACACUCCGUGUGAGGCAAGAACUGCAACGAUCUUGGAAGAAUUAGGCCAAGUCAGUUAUGUGUUCAGUGAUAAGACUGGAACUUUGACAGAUAACAUGAUGAUCUUUAGAAACUUCUCAGUGGCUGGUACUGCUUGGUCUCAUGUUGUUUCAGAAGAUGAUGAAGAGAUAUCGGACCAGGACGUGGACCGUGCAACGAUACAUUCGCCUAGAUGUUCAAUUGACAUCAGAAGAAGUAACACAAGGUACACGGGACGGCCAAGUUUAGCUCCCGCAGUCACUGGGAAGAGUGCUAUGACAUCUCCCAAGGAGAACAGAGUGGACUCACUGAAGACCUCAGUAGAACUAUUGCAGCAUAUACAGGCUAAUCCAAACAGCCUGUUUUCUAAAAAGGCCAAGUUCUUCAUUUUAUCGCUUGCCCUAUGUCAUACCUGCUUACCAAAGUCAAACUCAGACGACCCUGAUGAUAUUGAGUAUCAGUCGUCUUCGCCAGAUGAAUUGGCAUUGGUUGUUGCUGCCAGGGACAUGGGAUUUGUCGUUUUCGGAAAGAACCAGACUAAAUUGACAAUCAGAACCUAUCCAAAUGGUUUGGAUGAAGACCCUGUUGAUGAACAGUACGAAGUAUUGAACGUUGUUGAGUUCACUUCAGCAAGAAAGAGAAUGUCAAUUGUUGUUAAGUUCCCAGACGGUCGUAUCUGUAUGAUAUGUAAAGGUGCAGACAACAUCAUCCUGGAGAGGUUAAACAACAUGGAUUUAGUCCAUUCCAAGCAACAAGAUGUCUACAGAUCAGCUAGUAUCAGAAAGGCAAAUGAAGCCUCCGUGGUCUUACAACAACGUCUGUCCAUGGAGCACAAGAAGAGCAUGCAGUUCCCAAGAUCUUCAAUAAGUUCAGUCGCCAAUUCUUCCAACAACGCUCAUAUCCAAACCGUUGAUGAUUUCGUUCACAGUAUCAAAAAGGAUCAAGAUGAAAUCAACGAGGUUCUGAUGGAAACCAGAAAGUCGUUGCACAUCAGAGAUAGAGAGAAGUAUAACAUCACUUCGAUUUCUGAUUACAUCGGCAACGAUAAGAUGGUUAUGAAUGAGGAAUAUGUUAUUGAAAAGACCUUGGAACACAUUGAACAAUUUUCCACAGAGGGGUUGAGAACUUUGUUAUUCGGCUAUAAGUGGUUGUCAAAGACUGAAUACGAACAGUGGGCAUUAGAUUAUGCCAGUGCAAAGACUUCAUUAACAAACAGAGCCCAAAAUAUAGAGCAGGUUGGUGGUGUUCUUGAAAACAACUUUGAAUUGCUAGGUGCAACUGCCAUUGAGGACAAAUUGCAAGAUGGUGUCGCUGAUACAAUCGAAAAAUUGAGAAGGGCAGGCAUCAAAUUGUGGAUGUUGACUGGUGAUAAGAGAGAAACUGCUAUCAACAUCGGCUAUUCUUGUAAGUUGAUCAAGGAUUACUCAACAGUGGUUAUUUUGGAUGUCGCAGACGAUGAUCUCACUUCUAAAAUGACGGCAGCUGAGCUCGAGAUCGACAAGGGAAACGUUGCACACUGUGUUGUUGUCAUAGACGGUUCUACAUUGGCAAACUUUGAAACUGAUUUAUCUCUCAUGUCAAUCUUCAUCUCGUUGUGUACCAAGACAAACUCCGUUAUCUGUUGCAGAGCAAGUCCAUCCCAAAAGGCGUUGAUGGUGUCUAACAUCAGGAGCCUAAACAAGAGACUCGUCACUUUAGCUAUCGGAGAUGGUGCCAAUGAUAUUGCAAUGAUUCAGAGCGCCGAUAUUGGUAUCGGUAUCACGGGUAAAGAAGGUCUCCAGGCUGCAAGAUCAUCCGAUUACUCCAUUGCGCAGUUCAGAUAUCUACAAAAGCUAUUGCUUGUUCAUGGAAGAUAUAACUACAUCAGAACGUCCAAGUUUGUUUUGUCAACGUUCUUCAAAGAGUUGCUGUUUUACCUUUCGCAGGCCAUUUUCCAAAGAAAUGCAAUGUUCACGGGAACAUCUCUAUACGAACCGUGGUCUCUUUCGAUGUUCAACACUCUGUUCACAUCUCUCUGUGUUCUCUGUAUCGGUAUGUUUGAGAAAGACUUAAAACCGGCAACGCUUUUGGCAGCACCUGAGUUGUAUUCAAUGGGAAGAUUGAACCAGGCUUUCAACUUGAAGAUCUUCCUGAGCUGGAUGUUCAUUGCCACAACAAUUUCUUUGUUGAUUUGUUUCUCAAGUUGGUACCUCUGGGGAUUCUAUGUAACAUAUGACAACUCUCUAUACCCUGUUGGUGUAUUGACUUUCACAGCUAUUGUGUUUACCAUCAACAUUAAGUUACAACUCUUUGAGCAGCAUGAUAGAACUUGGAUGAACUUUGCUUCUAUUGCUAUAUCGUGCCUGGGUUGGCUUUUGUGGUGUUGUAUACUACCAGGUCUCUACGGCUAUGAUACUAGUAAGAUCUAUGACGUCAAACGUGGUCUUUAUUGGAAAUUUGGAAAAGAUAUCACAUUUUGGGCUGCUCUUCUGAUUCUCGUCUCUAUGCCAUUGAUGUAUAACUUCUUCUUGAAGAUGUUACGAUACUGGAUUUUCCCAAAUGAGGUUGAUGAGUUCCAAAUUUUGGAAAAGAACACUGACGUCAGAAGAACCAUCGAACUUGCAGCUUAUGAUCAGAUGGCACAAGGAUGGAAAUGGGAUAAAGAUCAAUCCACGGUAAAGAAAGUAAUACACAGAAGAAGAAAGAACACCGUUGCAUCUCCUACAGAGCUUCCACCUGGGUCACCAUCGUCAGCUCAAAAAGUGUCAUCCAUGGAUGAUGAUGAAGAGUUUGAGACGGAGAUCUUACCAAGUGGUAAGAUCAUAAAAAGAAGGUUGAAAGACUCCACUGUACAGAAAAUUGGGAAAAAGUUGAGAUUUUUACCAGCUGAAUCUGCUGAGAAUGUGGAUGCAAUCAUUGAAAGAAGACUAAAAGAUCUGGAAUGAGUCAGUGGAUAGCAGGCUAUCUGUACAAUGUUGAAUGGGCCUACGGUAGUUGAUCAUUAUUAUCAUUUUUUUUUUCGUACGUAUGGAUGCUGUAAAUAAAUAUUCAAAUGCACUGUAAU